UUGUGCAAUCUUCCUGCCUGGUAGUUCCGCCAAAAACAAAACAGUCAAAGCGCAAACCUGGAACGGGCGCGCAGGCACCAAGUUUGCCAAACGCCACAGAGUUUUCCGUCUGCAGAAAUGACCCAAAAGAAGGGGGGCGCCGCUCCCCGUGAUCCCCCAAUCGGCUUCUGGAGCCAGAGGCUCCUCCUCGCCCCUCGGCGGGAGAAAGCCCGCGGCCGGCUGCUGCUGCCCGCUUCCCUCCUCCGAGGAAAAACGACUCCACAACUUUGUGCGCGAGAGCGCCUCGCUCCUCCGGCUCCUCCUCCUCCUCCUCCCCGCUGCGGGCCUGCCCCUUUGUUGCAGCCCAGCGCAGGCGGAGGAGUAGGGAGGGUGGGGCGCAGGACCGCUGGAUCGCUCGUUGCCGCCCCAACUCCCCGGGAACAGGCUCGCCUCCGGGCAGCCGGGUGUCCGCUCUCCCCAGGAGAAGGGAGCAGAUCAGCGCCAGCCCUCCGGCCCGCGCCUUUGCAGCGCUCCGGCUCCCCUUUGGCUCUCUCGCCCGGCCGCCGCCGGCCCAGCAACUUUGUUCCAGGAGAUCAGCCCCACUACGCUCCAGGGUCAGCGUCCGCCGGGCCUCGGCAGUGACCGCGGUCACCGUGUCGGGAACUUGGCGCCCCAAGUCACCUGACCGCGCGCCCCGUCAAUCAGCGCAGGCCCUGCGCACCCUCCCAGCCCGCAGCAGCCGGGCUCGGCGCUUGGCUGGCCUGGGGCGCGCGCUCCAGUGUGAACCGUGCGUGCCGGGAGCCGGGAGUCCGGAGACCUAAGCCCGAAUGGAUGCCUCGAGCAGACACAAUUCCCCUUAUUCAGAUUAUCUGAAAAUGGAGAGAUGGAUGAAUUUGUCUCUCAUGCAACACAUUGUAGCAGAUGGAUGAAGAACUUGAAAGAACCCAGGACACAGCAAUAAGCACCAUAUUCAUAUUUAGAGCAGCAAUGCUGCUCCAUUAAA